ACUGCUGGAGUCUAGAUCUAGACUAGUCAAGAGUCAAACAUACUAGAUCUAGAUCUACAUACUUACAUAGGAUAGAUCUAGAUUCUAGAUUUAGAUUAGAUCUAAUAUCAAUAAUGUCUUUUUUUGUUCGUUCAAAAACAUGCGUUGUUGUUGCUGCGUGUUCAGCAGGUAUAGGUGUAGGGUAUUAUUGUGGCAAAAAGUCUUUAUCACCUUAUAAUGUAGUUAACGCCAAAAGUUCCAAUAUUCCCGACGAUAAUAUUUCAUCAUUGUCCAUCACCUCUACGAAUCCUCAUGAAAACAACAAGUUUAUUACGAACCCUGCUGUUUCUAGCAGACCAAACAAGAUUAGCGAAACAGUUAAGUAUGGUUUUCCAAGUACUGACAACUUAAGAUCUUAUGAAGAUUUUAUUCUUUCAUAUGAUCGAAGAAAUCGAACAGCAAACUGGGUUUUGGAGCAUUUAACACCUGAAAAAGUUAACCCAGUAGAAGGAAUCGAGAGGUCUAAAAUGAAGUUUAUGGAGGAUCAGUCAGUCCAUGGCUACCAUCGUGCUACAAAUAAAGAUUAUAUAGGAAGUGGGUAUGAUAGAGGACAUUUAGCUGCUGCUGCUAACCAUCGUAACUCAACAACUGCUAUGAGUCAAACUUUUUUAUUAUCUAAUAUUGCUCCCCAGGUAGGGGAAGGGUUUAACAGAGAUGCUUGGAAUACAUUGGAAAAAUAUGUUCGUGCUUUAGCUCGUCGCAGCAGGAAUGUUUAUGUCUGUACUGGUCCUUUAUACUUGCCCCGAAAAGAACCAGAUGGGAAAUUAUAUGUAAAAUAUGAAGUUAUUGGAGAAAAUCAUGUUGCUGUUCCAACUCACUUUUUUAAGAUAAUUGUGAUUGAAAAUGAAGUUGGUCAACUAGAGCUCCAGUCUUAUGUAAUGCCUAAUCAACCUCUGCCUAAAGUUAAAUUACACAACUAUCUCAUGCCACUAGAAAUGAUAGAGAGAGCAGCAGGCCUUAAUUUUUUUCAAAAUAUUCCAAAAUCUAAUUUCAAGAAAAUCAAUGCUGUGUCUGGUUUUUAAAUAAAAAAUGUAUGUAAAAUAUAUGUAGAGUUUUUAAUAUACAAGAGAAAAACAAUAAAGAUCAAUAAUUCAAAAGCUGUUUGAUUAU